AUGAUUUCCGCCGCCCUCACCUUCUCUGCCCUCCUGGUUUCGGUCCGCGCUCAGCUGGCAGGUACUUUGACCACUGAGACUCACCCACCUCUUGAGGUCAGCCAAUGUACCGCCAGUGGAUGUACAACCUCUUCAGCGGCCAUUGUCAUCGAUGCGAACUGGAGAUGGCUUCACAACAAGGUUGGGUAUACCAACUGCUACACUGGUAACACUUGGAACGCGACUGUCUGCCCAGAUGCCGUGACUUGUGCGGCCAACUGUGCUUUGGAUGGAGCCGACUAUUCUGGAACCUAUGGUAUUACCACAAGCGGCAACUCGUUGAAACUCAGCUUCGUCACAAAGGGCACGAACACCAACGUCGGUUCUCGAACAUACCUCAUGGCCGCAGGAAGUACAACCGCCUACCAAAUUUUGUCGCUCAUGAACCAGGAAUUCACCUUCGACGUUGAUGUGUCCAAUCUCCCUUGCGGUCUCAACGGCGCCCUCUACUUCAGUGAAAUGGAUGCCGACGGAGGAAUGGCCAAGUAUGCGACAAAUUUGGCGGGUGCCAAGUACGGAACUGGAUACUGUGAUGCCCAAUGUCCCCAGGACGUCAAGUUCAUCAACGGAGAGGCAAACUCUGUCGGCUGGACUCCCUCGUCGAAUGAUGCGAACGCUGGUCUCGGAACAUAUGGAACGUGCUGUAACGAGAUGGAUAUCUGGGAGGCAAACAAAAUCUCAGCAGCCUACACUCCUCAUCCUUGCUCCGUCACUGAACAAACCCGAUGCAGUGGAACCGACUGUGGAAUCGGCGCGAGAUAUUCCUCCCUAUGCGAUGCUGAUGGAUGUGAUUUCAACUCGUACCGUAUGGGCAACACCACCUUCUACGGCGCGGGCUUGACUGUUGAUACAUCAAAGCCAUUCACAGUCGUUACCCAAUUCAUCUCCACCGACGGAACUGCAACCGGUGACUUGCAGGAGAUCAAGAGAUUCUAUGUCCAAGAUGGCACAACCAUUCCGAACUCCGCCUCUACAGUUUCUGGCGUUACAGGCAACUCCAUUACCGACACCUUCUGUGCCGCCCAAAAGACAGCUUUCGGGGACACCAACGAGUUCGCCGCUAAGGGUGGUCUCAAGCAAAUUGGUGACGCUAUCAAGAAGGGAAUGGUUCUCGUCAUGUCCAUCUGGGAUGACCAUAGCGCCGACAUGCUCUGGCUCGAUGCCCCUUACCCACCGACCAAGGACGCCAGCAGCCCAGGUGUCACCCGAGGCACCUGUGGAGCCGACUCAGGUGUUCCAGCUACUGUCGAGGCCGAUUCAGCCAGUGCCUCCGUCACUUACUCUAACAUCAAAUGGGGACCUCUUAACUCAACUUUCACGGCAACAGCUGCCGCUGUCGGAGGUAUCAAAAACCGCGAGAACGCUAGAUUGUAG